UUAUUAUUAAGGAGGUAGCCCCUCCCUCUUACCCUUUCCCUUUCGCUGUUACUUUACAAAAACACUCUUUUUAGGUUUUUUUUGUUGGUUUUCUGGUUUUUCAGCUCGUCCACCCUUGUAGCCGCCUCCCCUCUCUUCUGUUCAGUCAAUUCCUUCAAUGGCACCGAAGAAGGACAAAGUUCCACCACCAUCCUCUAAACCCGCCAAAUCAGGGGGCGGGAAGCAGAAGAAGAAGAAGUGGAGCAAGGGAAAGCAAAAGGAGAAGGUGAACAACAUGGUUCUCUUCGAUCAGCCUACUUACGACAAGCUUCUCUCCGAAGCUCCCAAGUUCAAACUCAUCACUCCUUCCAUCCUCUCCGACCGUCUUCGUAUCAAUGGGUCACUUGCUAGGAAGGCUAUCAGAGAUUUGAUGGCUAAAGGAACCAUCAGGAUGGUCUCUACUCACUCCAGCCAGCAGAUUUACACUAGGGCUACCCACAACUAAGUGUUUCCUUUUCAUUGUCUUUCCUCUCUCUCUCUUUCUUUUUGCCCACAUGUACUUCUCAAGUCUUUGACUCAAUGUUUAGAUGUUCAUCUUUUUUCCCUUCAAUCAAGAAUGGAGUUUGCUCU